AUGACGCAGUCAGAGAGGGAGAGUCGCGACUUUAUUGCUCAGUGUAGAAAGGCCGCGAAGGAGUUUAACGCCUGCCGCAUCGCAGAGGGCAAGGAACUGCAUUCAGCGGCCGUCGGGGCUGCUGACUCGCUUCCGCCCCCGGCAUCCUCUAAGCGGGAGGCUCAAGACGAGCACGUCGAUUCUGCUCGCCCCCCCAAGAGAGUCAUUUUCUGCGAUGCUCUAGAUAUAUCUGAUGGGGCUGCCAACGCGAUUCCUGAACGGACUUCUACUUUUGGUUUUGUGAGUGUUCUAACCUCGGUGACAGCCCAUCCCUGCUCCUUGAAGUGGAAAAACGUAAAUGUGGCUCCCGCUGAGCCCGAAGCCGGGGAGAGAAAUUCUACCCCCCAACCAGCGGCCAUCUCGAGCCCUGCAUCCAGCCCUGGGUCCACCACUAGCUCCAGCAGCACCGACACCAGCGACAGCAACUCGUUCGUGGCGGUGCCUGAGCCCUUUCAAAGUCAUGUCACCCCCCCGGCAGCGCCGGAGCAUGAUGUAGCGUCCGCCAGCAAGGGGUCUCCUGUGCCCAAAAAUAUUAAUAAUAAUAUGGAAAUGCUAAUCAGCCAUGCGGAUGCUAUGAACCGGUGCAUGAGCCAGACUUAUUUCAAACUGUCUGAGUUUCAAACCUGGUCCAUGGAAAAUACAACCGCUCUCGAGACAAGAUUGACUAAUCUUGAGAAUAAACUAGUUGACCAGGAUGCCGCCUUUCAGCGCAGCAUGGCUAGCCUCGAGACUCAGCUGGCUACAGUUUGCAACCUGGAAGACCUGCUUUUUAACUCCAACGGUAAAAUGGCAAAGUCCAUGAAGCAACUAGCUGAUCUCAAUGUGAAGCUAGAUGGUGUCGAUGAUGAUUUGGAAAGGGAGCAUAAGAAGUCACAGACUAUCUUGGUUGAUAUAUCUACCAAAAUUGACAGCAUUAUCCGGGACAUCAGCAACCUUCACAGCCUCGCUCACCGGCAAGGGCCAGCUCUCAGCCGAGUCGAGGCAUGUAGCAAUCGGGUUGAGGCGUGUAGCAAUCGAGUCGAGGCGCUGGAAGAAGAAAUUCUCGCUCGCUUGGGAGAUGGCCUUCAUGGUCAUCCGAGCCUUGAUUUCGAGAACACCACGGCAAUCAACAUCCCAAAGAAGACAGCAACAUCCGAAACAAUAGAACCCCCAGUAGCCCCCGAAUGA